CGUUAUUUAUCGCUCUGCUUGAAGGUCAAAAAUUAAUCCCUGUAAAUUAAUUUGGCGCCCGAUGAAAAAGGUUAUUAAACAAAACGCAUUUGAUUGUUGUCUGAACCAAUCCGAAUAUAUAAGGGUCUUUAAAUCAACAUGGCGUCAAAGGAAGCAGAUAUUAGCAAGCAAGAUGAAAUAGUAAUGGUUGAUUCAGCGACUCAGACCGAUUAUUUGAAGAAGUCUUACGAGAAAAGUUAUCUGCGCGUCAGUAAAGACACACUUUACAUGAUCAUUGCGUUGUGGAUGGAAAAUUUGGUAGAUGAAGCCCCAGAACAACAUAAUAAAAUCGGAGGGGUUCUUGUGUCACCAAACGAUGUGAUUUUUGCCGCUGAUUGUUCACGAGAUGAUGUCCACGCCGCGGCCAGACUGUUGAUCAAACACAGCGGAAAAACCCAGGGUUGUAAGAUGUUUAUGUCUCGAAAGCCAUGCCCGUUCUGCGCGAAGCUUUUGGUUCAAUCCAAAGUGAAACGAGUUCUCUUCCUGCCGACCCGAGAACCAGAAUACUAUCGCUCGCCAGCUGACAAACUAUACAACGAUGAGAAAAUGAAAGAAGUCGAAAUCAUGUUCACCGCAAGCGCCAUUGCCCAGACAAAGUUCGUCUUGCGAGUCGAGGAGCCCGUCGGAGAACGUGCGAAGAAAUUGACACCAGAAGACCAAAUAAAAGUUGUACAGGAGCGUACACGUUUAUUCAGCCAGAAGUACAGUCCUGUCAAAAGCUCUAAAUGGGGUGUAGAUGCUAUUAAGACAAAGCUGCCUUGGCCAUCUUACGAUCAAAAGAUGCAUAAAAAAGUUCACAGCGACUUUGCAGAAGUUAUGCAAUGGAUAGCAAGAGUUUUGGUGACAAACGACAGAGGAUUGGAUUACAAGUUUAUAUCUUGCAAUGAAAAGUCAACAAAUUCGACAGGCUUUAAUCCAUUGAGUAAUUCUGCCCACGAGAAGAAAGCCAAACGCUUCAUAGAAAUUGCAAGACUUCUCGCUCAACGCACAGACGACCCGACUACUGGUGUUGGUGCGGUGAUUGUCAGUCAAGAAAUGGAAGUUCUCGCCUUCGGUUGGAAUGGCUACCCUUUCGGUGCACAAUAUGGCGAGUUUGCCAGAGCUUCUGAUAAAGAUAACAAAAACGCGGAAGACGACGAAGAUCCGCACGAAAAGAUAGAUGAGAAGUAUCCUUAUAGCAUUCACGCGGAGCAGAACGCUCUCCUGAUGCGGAAUUCGAAGAAUCUGAAAGAUUCAAUUCUGUUUGUUACAAAAUGUCCUUGCGAUGAAUGCACCCCCCUGAUUGCCAUGGAAGGAAUCAAAACUGUGGUCGUUGAUGACGAUGUCUUGUCUCGUAUGGGAGUUGACUCGGAAAAGAAAUUAGGCUAUAAAAGGUUUCCCAAAAUGGUAGCUGAAGAAAAGUUCGUUUGUUUUGAGACACAGAAAAAACAGGCUCCUGAAGCAGGGGUCGUGCCCACUGAUGAAACAAUCCAAGAAAUAGAUUUUGAAACGCCCGAUGAUCACUUAGAGUAAAACACUUUAGCGCCAUAAACUGUUCUAGUUAGCUGCAGUAUCAUUGAACUAUUAGAACAUUAAUUCAUUCAAUUAAACUAACUAAAUGAUAAAAAACGGCAUAAUCUGGAAACAUUGGGAGAAUUUGCAUGUCAUAAAACAAAAAUAUGGAUUAUAAACAUUCUUCGCAUAAUUAAAUUGAUUAUAGUUGGUAUUUGAAUAUGUGUAAACUACUCUAGCUAAAUGACUUUUAAUUUAUA